AUGGCAGAGUACGAGGAAACCCUGCUGGUGGUCAGCUUCAUCAGACCCGAGUCAGAAACUUCUACGGCAGCUUUCGAGAAGAUGGUUACGCCGGUGUCAGACUUCCUAGAUCAGGCAAAGUUUUUCGUCAAGUUCCGGAAAGACGAAAAGAACCCGUCGAAAAGCCAGCUGCCUUAUCUCUACCAUAGAUGGUGUACGGCUCCCCCCGAACUAGAAGCUUGGCUGAGUCGUGGCUCGGACCAAGAUCUCUUCGAAGGAAUCGAGAAGGGGUUGGUGCGAGACGAGUUUUAUGUGAAGGAGCUGUCACUCGGAAUCAUCAUGAAUUUGACAGACUUCUAUCCAGAGGAUGUCAUCCCUUGCACGAUCCCGGAUGCAAAAGGGCCGUGGAAAUCCGGCAUAGUUGCUAAGGCGAAAUUCGACCACGUUCACAAGAAACUUUCGAUCUUCAUCGACAUGAUACAUUCCUGCAAGAAGUUGAAUGGCGGCAAGACGAGCCAGAAGCUGGAAGUGAAUUAUUCGUCGGUCGCGCGUGCGAUCGUUGACCUCCGAGAAGGAGAGACCAACCUAUACUUGCGGAUAACUCACCCCGCAAUCCUGUCCGAAUCGAAGGGGGAAUCGAAACGACCGAAAUACCAUCGUCAUCAUUUGAUGGGCUGCGCUGAAAAAGACUGCGUGCUGCGGAUCAUUUCUCGCCGCUACGGAGGUUGCAACGUUCUUAGACUGCAAUGGCAGAACGCCAAAGGAGUGCUUCGGUGGCUGCAUACUAUAGUUGCGAAGCUUCAGCGAAGUGAAAGCGUCAUUGCGUCGGUCAGGACGAGGCCGAAGCUCAAAUCUGCGAUCAAAGAACUCAACGGGAUUAUGCACGAGUUCUACAACGACGAAUCGAUCUCGUUCAGAGCAAAGUAUGCCAUUGAAGCCUGUAAAUUGAUCUCUUUCGAUCUACUGAGACAGUUGGCGACCCUCUCCAGGGAGAAGGUGUGGGAGUUUCUCGAGCUGUUGAAAGAGUUCGCACGAUAUGAGGGAAACCACGAGCUUUUCGAGAAGACGAUGUUCAGCUUGUUGAAGGCUAUCGACGAGGGUAAUGUUCUCCUGUACACCGACGCCGUCCCUUCCCAAUUCCGAAAAUUCCGGGUUCAGGAGCGGGAGAAGAAGCGUAAAGGGAUCGCGGACUGCGACAGUGAGAGAAGUCUACAGGGAAUGGCUAUCAUAUACAAGGUAUUCCUCACACCCUCACGGACCAUUUUGCGUCCUCCGGAGGAACACGGCGAAAAUCGGAUUCUGCGACAAGUCAGCAGGGACUACAUGCUACGAGUCGCCUUCCGAGACGACAAUCUUGAGAAAUUGACGCACAAUCUGACUCGAGAGGAGGGUCGUAAUUUCUUGGAGUACUUUCUCAAAGGAUUUCUCAGGGAUGGAAUCGAAAUUGAGAACAGGACCUAUGAGUACUUGGCCGCGUCCUCGUCGCAACUGCGCGAUCAUGGUUGUUGGUACUACGCCAAGGACGAGCAUGGUCGCGAUUCAAAGUCGAUUCGGGAAGAAAUGGGAUCAUUCGAUGAUAUAAAGAACGUCGGCAAAAAGAUGGCGCGGGAGGGGUUGUGCUUCUCGAGUACGAUCGAGACGGUCAAGGUUUCCGAAGAUGAAUGUACAAUAGAAGAAGACAUCACAGGUGGUGCGCAUGAGAAAUCCAAUAAGCCGUACACGUUCAGUGACGGCAUCGGUAAAAUAUCCGCGGAACUCAGGGAUGACGUCUGCGAAGCUCUCAAAGACAGUCUCAGGGACAAGAAACCGUCGGCUUUCCAAAUCCGGUUCCGAGGAGCCAAAGGAAUGGUGGCCUUCGACCCUUGUCUCGAGGGACGGCGAUUGGUCUUGAGAAAAUCCAUGGUCAAAUUCGCCUCGACAUCCAGCUCUUCUUUCGAAGUGAUCAAAUACUCGGAAGACAGAAGCCUGACUCUCAACAAACAGAUUAUUACCAUAUUGGAACAGCUCGGAGUCCCGGCCGAGAUAUUCUUGCGUUAUCAGGAAGCGAACAUCAUCGAUUUCGCGGACGCUCUACUUUUCGAGAAUCAGGCUCACGAAAGGCUGACAGCCUCCAUAAAAAAAGAUCCCGAUUGUGUGAUAGAUUUUUCGAAAUUCCGCGAGUUCGGAAUGUCGGUCGUCCGGGAUCCAUACUUCCGGGCCAUGUUGAUUGAGCUCUACAGAUACAUUAUAACGAACCUCAGAGACAAAGCCCGCAUCUCCAUCCCUUGGGGUCUUGGGAGGAAUUUGCUUGGGGUUAUCGAUGAGACCGGCAAAUUGGAAUACGGCCAAGUCUAUGUGAGGUACACUCCUAGGGAGGAUACGUCUGGACCAGAUAUCAAAGUGGACAAUAACACUGACGAGGAUGGAUCGCCGGGGAGGCUUCCGGAGCCGAAUAUCCAGGAGUCUUUCUUCGAUCUGACUGACGUCUCGAAAAUGAAUCUAGGCCGAGUUCUCGUGACGAAAUGCCCCUGCGUACAUCCGGGAGACGUGCGAAUGUUGGAGGCCGUUGACAUUCCUGAACUGGCGCAUCUUGUCGACGUCAUCGUUUUCCCUCAAAAAGGUCCCCGACCGCAUCCCAAUGAGAUGGCCGGGUCGGAUCUGGACGGUGACGAAUACGCUGUCAUUUGGGACCAGAAUUUCUUCUUCGAUAAAUGUCCAUGUGCGGAAUGUAAAAGAUCGCCCCGACCGGACGGAAAUCAUAGGCCCAUGAUAUUUGAUGAUGCCCCGGCCGAGCCGAGCGAAAGCCUCGAGUUGGAGGAUUAUUACAAUUUCAUCUGCCAAUUCAUUCUGAAUGACAACAAAGGCACCAUCAGCAACGCUCACCUCGCGCAUGCCGACCGGGAGGAAGAUGGCAUAUUUUCGGACAAGUGUCUCAGGUUGGCGGAGAAAGUCAGCAUGACUUUGGACUUCGCGAAGACCGGCCGCCUCACGCAAUUGGAGCCCAGCGAGGUCGUUAAAGUUUACCCUGACUUCAUGCAGAAGCAGGAUCACAAGGCUACUUAUCGCUCCGAAAAGGUCUUGGGGAAACUGUAUAGAGCCAGUCGAGCCCUGGAGAUCACUGUGAAACAGGGUUCUAGCGGAUGUGAGGAGAGAUACGUGAACGAGAACUUCGAAUUAGAAGGCUGGGAAGAAAAAAAACAGGAUGCACUAAUAUUCGUGGAGAAGUACGAGCAUCGACUCACCAAUAUCAUGGGGCGCAUGGGAAUACAGAGCGAGGCUGAAAUUAUGGUCAGCAUCGUUACCCAGGUCAGCAAAUACAUGUCGAAGAGCUUUCAUGAUCUCGAAGAACUACAGGAGCAGCUGGAGCGCCAACGUUUUUUCCUCAAUCUGAAAAUGAAAGAAGACUUCGAAAGAAUGACUCGAGGUGAUAAAGAUCAGAAAAUGCUGCUUGCCUCGGCGAUAUACAUGCUCGUCUACGACCCCCCGGGUGGCGAGAAGCUGACGCCUUUCUAUGGGGCUCCGUGGAUCGUCUUCGACCAGCUCUCAGACUGUAGUAAGGUGAACAAGGAUUAUUUCGAAGAAGUUCCCAACUGUCCCAUCGCGCUCCGCAUCACGGAAGCCAUGUCCGAGAAAUUCCAGAAUGACAACUACAAGGACAAAAUGAAGUCGUUGAUUGUCAUCAAGAGAUGGGCGGAAGCCGAGGGUCUCCUGGGCUCAGAAAGAGAGUUCAGCACCUGUAACGAAUGUCUCCACAGCAUAUUCGAGGAGAGCCGAAAAUCCACCAUCCACGAGCUGGAAAUCGACCCGAGCAUGGGUGCACAUGUUCUGCUCUUCAUCCGUUACUGUGCAAUGAACUUCGGCACAAAGAUCCGGGCGCUUGAGCUGCCGAAAUGCAAGCGGGAAUGUGCGCUGCAAAAAAAGUUACCUGAAAUGAUACAAAGAAUAACCAGCGCGGCUAUCGGAACAUACAGCAAGCUGGCUGUGACCAACGACAUAUGUGCAAUAACAGGCCUCAGUUGCGGGAGGGAGCACGGACAAGGGAACUUCUGGACCACCCGGAGCUGUGUACCGUUGGUUCUCAACGUCAGAGACAUCAAGAACAUCGAGUUCCUGCAUGAAUAUCAGGAGCAUAUUCCUACGAUCCUGCGAAAAUGGUGUGACGCCGAGGAGAAGGACCGAAUCGCCCUCUCUUUCGAAAAUUCGAGGGGGGAACGUCACAUCGAAGUGAUCAUGGAAGCCAAGGAGUGGGUGCUACACAGAUUGGAGGAUCGCCUCUACAGUUUCGAUAAUGAGAAACUCCUCAGACAACAACUGGAAGAGGAGCUGAGAGCGAUGGGCAAAUAUAAGAAAUCACCUUCUACAACGAUAACAAUAAUAAGGGGGAUAAGGACGAGCGGUCACGACGACGAAGACGACGACGACUACAACGCUCAAAAAAAAUAUCAUUUCAACAAUAAAAACAACAAGUUGAACAACAAAACUCUCAACGUAGACAACGCCGACGUAGACGACGACGACGACCUCGUAGACGCGAUCGGUGACAACAAUAACAGACGGCGAAGCAAUAACAACGCCUCGGACAAGGAUCCGUGCCACCACAUCCGCGCAGGUGCUGGACGCAAAGUUCGGGAUAUUUGGUUUGAGGAAUCCGCUCUCGGCAAGAACGUUUUCGGCAUCCGUUGUCGUCUAUUGAGCUGCAGCGCUUAG